AUGAAGUUCUCUGGAUCAGCAGCGAUUCUCGCUCUCCUCUUAUCACCGGCUGCUUUAGCAGCACCUUCGCUUUCUCCAUGGAAGGACCAGUCUCCGAUUCAGAUUAACGAGGACCUUUCGGUUCCCGGAGAUAAUCCCCUGAACUUCUGCACUCCCCCCAAGAAUGAUAUCUUGACCAUUGAGCGUGUGGAUCUAUUCCCAAAUCCACCUCUUCCAGGCAAAACCCUCACGAUCAAGGCUACCGGCACCUUCUCUAAGCAAGUCGACAAGGGUGCGAAAGUCUUAUUGCAAGUGAAAUAUGGCGUCAUUCGAUUGAUCAACCAGACCGCGGACCUGUGUGAACAAAUCGAGAAUGUCGAUCUUCACUGCCCAUUGGAGAAAGGAAAGAUGGAGUUUACAAAGAAUGUGGACCUACCACGGGACAUUCCACCGACGGCGAAAAGAUUACCUGCCUCGAAGCUGGUGUCACCUUUGAAUUCAAACUAUGAGCCCAGAUCUGCCGCCGCGGUGCCGCACAGCUUUUUUGCAUGCCGCUCUUUGCAUGUUGAUAACGCAGUUGUAUUUGAUAUCCUUGUGCGGUUUCGAAAGAUCUUUUUCGGUUUCAUGAUGGUUAAUAGCGAAUAUGCUCUUCCUGUUUGUUUACGGCGUCCUGUACCUUCACGAAGCUUGCUUUAA